AUACAACAAUACUAUAUUUAAAUUGUUCACACUUCACUGGCUGACCCAUAAGACGCAUAAGCUUCCGGAGUUGCGCGUUAGUGCUUCCACGUCCAAAGCUUUAGAAAGUAAUUAAAAAACUCUAGAGAAUAAUGAGUAAUUGUAAUGUACUUGUGACGUUACCGUUUACGAUAAUGCUGCUUUAUUGUAGCAUUAUGAUGUCGGUACAGGAUCGCGCCAAGGAUAAUGGUGACAUUUUUGUGCAACACAAGGAGCAGCGGGAAUGUGUUGCACCAAUUAUUGUCCAAUCUAAUGGCAGCUUCAGCAGUGAGGGCACGGAUGUGAUGCAUAUAUGCAAUAAUAGUUUUUCCAUACCAAACGAUUAUAUUGUGCAAUUCAAUACGAAUGGCGCCCUGUCAGAUACAGUUGACAAAACGGGCAUGUGUUUCAUACGAUGCUACUUUGAAAAAGCAUCGUUGAUUAAAAACUGGCAAUUGAAUAGGGACUUGAUAAUGCAAACUAUGUGGCCGAUAAAAGCAGAUUCAAUUGAGUUUUGUGAACUAGAAUCAAAACAAGAAAUGAACGCUUGUGUACGUAGUUAUGCCAUCGCAAAAUGUUUGAUGAAACGUGGUUUUGAAGAUACCUGCAAUCAUACUGUUGCCUAAAGUAGAUUUCAAACUAAUUAGAAAUUACAGAUGUUAAUUUAUUAAUGGCAAUGCAAUGCAAUAAAAACUUUGAUUAGCUAUUUUCUAUGUUUUUUUCGUUUAAUUUAGUAUAGCUUGGUAAAUAUAUUAAUUUAUAAACUAGCAAUGUCAAAUUUAAUAAAUGCAUUAUUUCUUCAUAUGUAACAU